AUGGCGCUCCUCUCAUCCGCUCUUUUGGCUCUUUCACUAGUCACUAGAACACAUGCAUGGCCUCAGUUACCAACCGACGAUGGCGAUUUCAGAACGCUCAUGACACUCCCCGUGAUCCCAUAUACCGCCACACAACAACAGCGCGAUGUCGAAGUUGUCCCGCGCGGGCUCUCCCUUCCCGCAGAUGAGGGCGAUGAAGUCAGUAUGAUGAUGACGCUACCGGUGACUUCAAAGUCAAAAAGGAAGAGGCGGAUACGAGCGCCUCGAAAGGUUCUACUCGACAAUCUUCUCGGCGAUGACUUGGAGGCUCUUCCUGCCGCCCCGGUAGUUAAGCCUCCGGUAGUGCGGGGCCUGCCCGUUGAUGACAGUGUCGAUGUUGACAGCGCCUUUGUCACGCUGCCCGUCAUUCACUCUACCAAGCGUGGUGUAUUUAGCAGACAGGUCGAGGCGAAACUUGCCAACCGUUCGGAUGUAGCUUACUAUGCCCAACUUAACAUUGGAACGCCCCCUCAGCCAGUCUACGCUCAGCUAGACACCGGCUCAUUCGAGCUAUGGGUGAAUCCAGAGUGCGGGGCCCUCGCUGCUUCUGACCAACGUUUCUGCGAAGCCGUCGGCUUUUAUGACACGGCUCGAUCUUCAACCGCUGUCUCUCUACAGACUACCAAAACUCUCCGCUACGGCAUCGGCGCCGCAAACAUCACCUACGUCCGCGACAGUCUCGCCCUCGCCGGCUCCCGAACGACGAUGCAGCAGGUCCAAUUUGGCGUCGCCACCAGCUCCGAAGAUCAGUUUGCAGGAAUUCUGGGUAUUGGCUACGGAAAUGGCGUCAACACCCGUUAUAAGAACCUUGUCGACGAGCUCGCUACCCAAGGAGUCACCCGCACUAAAGCUUUUAGCCUCGGACUGGGCUCCAAGGACGAACAGGAAGGGGCAAUCGUCUUUGGCGGCAUCGACACCUCGAAAUUCUCCGGGCCACUGGCACGCCUCCCGAUUCUCCCGGCAGACCAGGCCCCUGACGGCGUUGCCCGGUACUGGGUAAACAUGAACUCACUGAGUCUCACUCCACCGAGUCGCCGCGUUCGCAUGUACCAAAACAGCUCGAUGCCGGUCUUCUUAGAUAGUGGCGCUACUCUCACACUGCUGCCCGAAGAGCUUGCCGUGCAGGUUGCUACCGACUUUGGCUCACCUGGUCUGGACGCCAACGGAUUCUAUCCCGUCUCGUGUACUCUUGUCGAUCUUAACGGCACUGUCGACUUCGACUUUGAUGGGAUGAAGAUCAAGGUUCCUUACAAGGAGAUGAUUCGUGAGCUGCGCACCACUCCGCCAACGUGCUACCUGGGUAUUGUCCCCAACGCGGACUUCACGUUGCUGGGCGAUACUUUCUUACGCUCAGCUUAUGCCGUCUUCGAUCUAGACACUAACGCCGCUUACUUGGCGCAGUACGUCAACUGUGGUACGAGGACGAUGCCCAUCAGCCGGCCAGAAGACAUUGCGGCUAUCCGAGGAUUAUGCCCUGCCCCUGCCGGAUCUAUCGCUGCUCCCGCACCACCAGCGACCAACGGCACCACCACCUCACCAGGAACGGGGACGGGUUCCGGCUCAGGAUCUGACUCGGGUACCGGAUCGACCCUGCCCACAAGUCCUGCUCCCGAGAUGUCUGGCGUUCCGGCGUCUGAUACGAUCUCGUCAACUUCGACAUCAGCACCAAGUACUCUCGCAAUUGUCUUGGGUAUCGGCUUAGCGGUCAUUAUGAUGUGA